AAGGGAUUAAGCUCUUGGACGUGACACCUAGAAAAGACCAUGGCGCCUAAGCAGAGAGAUGCCUCGCCUGCAGCACGGGUGCCGCCGGUGCCGGGGAAGGCCUCGCAGUGCACGGCUUCGCCCAAGGAGCCGCCGCCUCCGGCCAAGGCGGCACCUCCGACCUUCAAGCGCCAAACCUCGAUCUACGCGCUCACGCCGGACCGCCGUUGGCUGCGGCCCAGCUGGGCCUUCCCAUUGUACGCCGCCGCACUUGGACUUACACUGCUCUUGUGCUUUGUUUGGCAGCCGUCCUAUGAGUUGCUCCGCUUGCAGUACACCUUCGUGGGCGUUGGGCUGCUGCUCUACAGAGUGUAUUACUACGCUCACAAGGAAAGGAUCUUGUAUUUCAUUGACCUUUGCUUCGUGAGCAGCAUUUUUCUGAUUUGGAGCCUUUGGUUUUGCACCGACGGUCGAUGUUCCCAGGAGUGGCUUUGGGCGGUCUAUCUCGUUGCGCAGGGCCCAGUGGCUGGAGCCACCUUCCCAUUGCAGACACCCUUGACACUUCAUCAUCCGGAGGCCUUUGAGAGCUUUUUCUUACAUGCCUCUCCAAUGUGGAUCUCAUACGCUGUGCGCUGGCGCUGGGCUGGCUUUGAGACGAUUCCCAGCGUGGGCCAGCUUGUAGCGGCUGCCUUUUGGAAGAUCUUCUUUCCUUGGUUCAUCGCGUAUUUGAUUUUCCUGCUUGUGCAGCCAUUCUUACCAGUUCUGGAUUUCUGGCAGCUGCACUGGCCUUUCAAUAUCAUGAAGUUCAAAUUGUUUGGAUCCUUUGUGUCUUCAUGGGUUGCCUCAUCUCAGGCGCGCGCUUCUACUACCAGAGUGCACAUCCUCAAUAUGUGGCACCUGGACAGUUGCAAGGCUUCAUCAACAUGAGCAUUGCUUGGGCCUUCGUUUUACCAACCUAUUGUCAUGCUGCUGGAUACUAUCGAUUCUGGUAAAACAUUGCGUCGCUGGAUUGUGCGGAGGUGUGAAAAGAUUUAGGAGGAACAUACAAGAAGCUUUGGGUUAUCCUCCACCCAGCACUCCAGUUCAAAAAUUGUCACUAGUUUACUAUGAAU